AUGUCUGGCGAGACUUUCGAGUUCCAGGCUGAGAUCUCUCAGCUUCUCUCCCUGAUCAUCAACACCGUCUACUCCAACAAGGAGAUCUUCCUGCGAGAGCUGGUCUCCAACGCCUCCGAUGCCCUCGACAAGAUCCGCUAUGAGGCUCUGUCAGACUCCAGCAAGCUGGACUCCGGCAAGGACCUGCGCAUCGACAUCAUCCCCAACAAGGAGGCCAAGACCCUGACCAUCCAGGAUACCGGUAUUGGUUUCACCAAGGCUGACCUCGUCAACAACCUGGGUACCAUUGCCCGCUCCGGCACCAAGCAGUUCAUGGAGGCUCUCACCGCCGGUGCUGAUAUCUCCAUGAUUGGUCAGUUCGGUGUUGGUUUCUACUCUGCCUACCUGGUUGCCGACCAGGUCACCGUCAUCUCCAAGCACAACGAUGACGAGCAGUACAUCUGGCAAUCCAGCGCCGGUGGUACUUUCACCAUCUCUCCCGACACCGACGGCGAGCCCCUCGGCCGUGGUACCAAGAUCAUCCUGCACCUGAAGGAUGAGCAGACCGACUACCUGAACGAGAGCAGGAUCAAGGAGGUCAUCAAGAAGCACUCCGAGUUCAUCUCGUACCCCAUCUACCUCCAUGUUCAGAAGGAGGUUGAGAAGGAGGUCCCCGAUGAGGAGGCCGAGGAGACCAAGGAGGAGGAGGGCGACGACAAGAAGCCCAAGAUCGAGGAGGUCGAUGACGACGAGGAGGAGAAGAAGCCCAAGACCAAGAAGAUCAAGGAGACCAAGAUCGAGGAGGAGGAGCUCAACAAGCAGAAGCCCAUCUGGACUCGCAACCCCCAGGAUAUCACCCAGGAGGAGUAUGCUUCCUUCUACAAGUCGCUCUCCAACGACUGGGAGGACCACCUUGCCGUCAAGCACUUCUCCGUUGAGGGUCAGCUCGAGUUCCGUGCCAUCCUCUUCGUGCCCAAGCGCGCUCCCUUCGACCUGUUUGAGACCAAGAAGACCAAGAACAACAUCAAGCUCUACGUCCGCCGUGUCUUCAUCACCGACGAUGCCACCGACCUCAUUCCCGAGUGGCUUGGCUUCGUCAAGGGUGUUGUCGACUCCGAGGACCUGCCCCUCAACCUGUCUCGUGAGACCCUGCAGCAGAACAAGAUCAUGAAGGUCAUCAAGAAGAACAUUGUCAAGAAGGCCCUCGAGCUCUUCAACGAGAUCGCCGAGGACAAGGAGCAGUUCGACAAGUUCUACAGCGCCUUCUCCAAGAACCUCAAGCUCGGUAUCCACGAGGACUCCCAGAACCGCCAGACCCUGGCCAAGCUGCUCCGCUUCAGCUCCACCAAGUCUGGCGAUGAGCAGACCUCGCUGUCCGACUACGUCGCUCGCAUGCCCGAGCACCAGAAGAACAUGUACUACAUCACUGGCGAGUCCAUCAAGGCCGUCACCAAGUCUCCCUUCCUCGACUCUCUGAAGGAGAAGGGUUUCGAGGUCCUCUUCCUGGUUGACCCCAUUGAUGAGUACGCCAUGACGCAGCUCAAGGAGUUCGAGGGCAAGAAGCUCGUCGACAUCACCAAGGACUUCGAGCUCGAGGAGACCGACGAGGAGAAGAAGGCCCGCGAGGAGGAGGAGAAGGAGUAUGAGGGUCUCGCCAAGGCCCUCAAGAACAUCCUCGGCGACAAGGUUGAGAAGGUCGUUGUCUCUCACAAGCUCGUCGGUGCUCCUUGCGCCAUCCGCACUGGCCAGUUCGGUUGGUCCGCCAACAUGGAGCGUAUCAUGAAGGCCCAGGCCCUCCGUGACACCUCCAUGUCCAGCUACAUGUCCUCCAAGAAGACCUUUGAGAUCUCGCCCAAGAGCUCCAUUGUCAAGGAGCUCAAGAAGAAGGUCGAGGCUGACGGCGAGAACGACAAGACUGUCAAGUCGAUCGUCCAGCUGCUCUUCGAGACCUCUCUCCUGGUCUCUGGCUUCACCAUUGAGGAGCCCGCCAGCUUCUCCGAGCGCAUCCACAAGCUCGUCUCCCUCGGCCUGAACAUCGACGAGGAGCCCGAGGCUUCCGAGGAUGCCCCGGCCGCCGAUGCCUCGGCGCCUGCUGCCGAGACCGGCGACAGCGCCAUGGAGGAGGUUGACUAA